AUGCCGCACAGUGUCGAAGGCCGAGGAUUCGAUUAUCUCUUCCCCGGUUUAAUUCUGAGCCACGAAGCUGUGUCUUUUACAAAGCGUCUCACAACCCUAAUCUCAGUUUACACACAGAAGAAGCUUUGCCUGGUCCUUGACUUGGACCACACGCUAUUCCACUCUGUUAUGAUUCCAGAUCUUUCUGAAGCAGAGAAGUAUCUAAUCAAAGUAGAGAAAUCAGGUUCAAUGAAUAAUCUAAAAAGAUACUGUGACAAUUUAAUAAAGAUUCGACCUUUUGUUAAAGAGUUUCUUAGAGAAGCCAACAAGCUUUUCAACAUGUAUGUUUACACAAAAGGCAGUUAUGAAUACGGUCAUGCUGUUGCGAGAAUGAUUGAUCCGAACGAAAUCUAUUUCGGGGAUCGAGUGAUAACUAGGCAAGAGAGCCCAUACAUAAAGACACUUGAUCUUGUCUUAGCUGAUGAGCGUGGAAUUUGA